AUGGUUGGGAGUCUGGUUUGCGCCCCGAGUGCUCAGGUAGAGGAAUGGGGAUUUCAUUGCGUCGAAGUGUCCGAGCUUGCCUUGGUUUGGUUCAAGGCGUGCGUCAACAGCCUGAACAAGGCCAAUUAUUCAGCCAAACAGAGCAUUUACUCUGUACAAGCCAUAGCUACCCUGGCCUUGUCAGCACAUAUCCUUGAUCAGUCUGCAGAACUCUCCGUGCUCCGCGGAGCUGCUACCCAAAUUGCUCGGCGCCUCGGGCUGGAUCAGCUCGAGCACAAUUCCAGCCUCGACACCGCGAAAUCGACAUCGACCGACGCGGACAGGCAUACACUACUUCAGCGAGACACUGGGAGACGCUUGUGGUUUCAACUAUGCGUCCAGGACUGGCUUCUGCUUCCCUUUGCAGAGAGCCACUUGAUUGAUCCGCUGCAGUUCACGUCCUGCAAGCCGGCUAACAGAAAUUUCCUGACCAUGGAGCUCAUAGACGAGGGGUGUCCUACUUAUGUCAGCUAUACCAACUAUUUGUUUCAAAUUGCCAAGCUCAUGGCCAAGCACCACGAGGCUGUGCUCAGAUCAUCCACCCUGCUAACUAAGUAUGAGCACACCAUCGACUAUGACCACAGGCUGCGGGCUCUUGCAUCCAAGGCCAUGCCCAGGUACUUUGAUGUCGGGAAGCCCGUUGAUUCUACCUGGCCGGACUGGAUCACCUGGGCACGCCGCAGUCUGACCGUCUGCUUCGCGCACAAGAUGAUCAUGAUUCAUCGGCACUUUUUGCGCAAGAGUUUCGAGGUUGCUACGUUCUCCGCCACACGGUCUACUUGCCUAGCAGCGGCGAGAACAAUCCUGAAGGAAGCACAGACCAGAGACAUGGACGGCCCGACUAUCUGGGUUGAUGAGGCUUAUUGCGCUUCAGCCGGCGCUGUCCUUUGUCUGGAUAUGCUCCACCGUUCGCCAGCCGACAGCCUGUUCCAGAACCACGCAGAUCUCGUGAGAGAAUGCAUCAGUCGGCUGCACCGGUACAGCUGGGGCAGCAUCGCCGCCCGAGGGGCCCGAGUGUUGGAAUUCAUCAUGGAUAAGAUAGAGACAGGUAAAAGAUUGACUAUUGAGGCUGAGCUCUCAGAGAUGCUACAGAUGGCCGGGUCUGAACAUAUGCGGAGCAAGGACGGUGUUAAUGAAGCUGACGUUGAUGUGUUUCCCCCACCAGCUGGCAUGAGUAACAAGUUCCUAUUUGAAGAACUGUUUCGGAUUAGAUAUCAGAGCUAG